GUCAAUAAUCAUCUAAACAAACCAAUUGAUAAAUGAAAAUAGUGAUUAUAAGAGAAUAUUUCGAGUUGCAUGAUUUUUAUAGAUAAUUGCUUGAGUUAAUUACAAUAACGACAAUUAUAACAAUUGUAUUUUGUUCAACGCCAACAAAUUCUUACCUCUGUAUUCAUGAUUUCUACACAACAUAUAAUGCUUAUGCUAUCUUUUUUAUGUAAAGUUGUAAACACUAAUUUUGAUAUGAUUCUCAAUGAUAUGAGUUCACAAGUUUUAGAAUCGCUAAUAAUCCGCGGUAUGAAGAAUUAUGGGAUCUAUUUAUUAAAUUGAUCAUUCAUUACUGGAUUGCUUUAGAGCCUAAACCGGGGGCGGACCCAUGGAGGUUUGGGGGUGUCCCGGGACACCCCCUAAAUUUUGAAAUAACGAUCAUCCAAUUUCCGGUGGUAAUUUACGUAUGAAAAAAAAAAAUAGUUCGAUACACUCUAAAAUUAAAAAAAACCAUUAUAUUACUCUCAUUUGUAGUUUGCGCAUGAAUAUAAGUGGUAAUUUGGGUAAUUCAAACCCGGUACACUACUACUAUUAAUAAAUAUAAUUUCUAUUAUUUUUUUUCGUUGAAUUAUAUAAUUUCUAUUAGGCUACAACUUUUUUGUUGUUAUAUUCUAAAUACGGUGUAAUAGCAAAAUUGUAGGAAACAUAAAUAUUGAGGUGGUUAGGGGGCUAGGCGGCCGAUUAGUGCCAAGUAGAUUAGUAGGGUAUCAUUAGGUUUUUGGGCUUAUUCACUACAAAUAUGUAUUUGAGUCAUUACGUUGGAUUUAGUUAGAAAUCAGUAAUCAAACCAUAUUCAGUUUAUCCCACUUCUUCUCCUAAUCCCUAAUUCCCAUUUUGUUCUUCCUAUCUCAAUUUUCCAAUUAUUCUUCUCAAAUCCCUAAUUCUUUCUCUCAAUUCCUAAAUCUCUUUCUAAUUUAUCUGGCUACGUUAAUCACAAGUUACCGCAGAAUCGUAGUUCCUUCAAAAACCCUAGUCUCUAUCUUUAAUUAUUUUCAAAACCUAACAAUUAUUCUAAUUACAAGCUACCCUUAAUUUAUGGUUGUACAACAAGUGUUGAAAACGUAUGUUCAUGAAUGAUUGUCUAGUAGGAUAUACUGAGACAACUUUGUUGAGCAGUGUAGACACCAAGUGUAUUUUACAAUUUUUUUAAAAUAUGAAAAUACAUUAUGGACUUUUUUUUUAACUUGUACGAGUUGGGUAUUUUCUUAUUUAAGAAUUAUUUAAUAGUUAUUAAUUAUUGUUUUUAUUUUUAUUUAUUUAUUGAAAGAGGACACCCUAUUUAAAAUUUCUGGGUCCACCACUUGCCUAAAUCGAUAUUUAUAUAGAUUAGACCGGAUUUGAUAAUGGACAAAGUAAUUUGUUGGCUAAUGACAACCGGGAUAAAUGACAUAAGCAUAUCUCUCCCUCGAGUACACUAUCAAAUGAGAUAACUGAAAAACAAACACGCCGCCGGCGUGAUUGAGUCGCCGUCGUAAGCAGAGCCGUACACAUUGACAAGGAGUAUGAAAUUUGAAUAUAAUACAUUAUCAGGUGGAAGAUGAAAAUUUUUAACUUUCUCCGACAAUUCUACUGACCAAAUAGUAGUAACCCAAUAGUCAGCGACGAUGGAUUCCGUCACCAACAACCACCACAAACAGUCGCCGGUUUGCGUGACGGGAGCCAACGGGUUCAUCGGGUCGUGGAUAGUCCGAACCCUCCUCGAAUCGGGCUACACCCGAAUCCACGCCGCCAUCUACCCUGGCUCCGACGCUACCCACCUCUUCCAACUCCCCGGCGCCGCCACCGACCACCGCCUCACGAUCUUCGAGGCCGACCUCCUCGACCCGCCGGCGCUGUCCAAGGCAAUCGCCGGCUGCCGCGGUCUAUUCCACGUCGCUUCCCCUUGCUCCCUCGAAGACCCCGCCGAUCCCGACCGCGAUCUCCUCCUCCCCGCCGUCCAGGGCACCCUCAACGCCCUUCAAGCCGCCGUCGAUUCGAAUCUCGUCCGCGUCGUCCUCACUUCGUCGAUCUCCGCCUUGGUUCCAAACCCUAAUUGGCCCUCCGGCAAAGUCUUCGACGAGUCCUCAUGGACCGAUCUCGACUACUGCAAGUCCCGAAAGAAAUGGUAUCCGGUAUCGAAGACGCUGGCGGAGAGAGCCGCUUGGGAGUUCGCGGAGAGGAAUGGGAUCGAUUUGGUAGCGAUCCAUCCGGCGACGUGCUUGGGGCCAUUGCUGCAGCCGGGACUGAAUGCGAGCACCGCUGUGUUGAAGCAGCUGCUGGAAGGAGCUAAAGAUACACAGGAGUAUCACUGGUUGGGAGCUGUUCAUGUUAGAGAUGUGGCCAAGGCACAGGUUUUGCUCUAUGAGACUCCUGCGGCUUCUGGUAGAUACCUCUGCACCAAUGGCAUCUACCAAUUUCGAGACUUUGCUGACAGGGUUUCCAAGCUUUUCCCUGAAUUCCCUGUUUACAGGUUCACUGAAGAGACCCAGCCUGGUCUGGUUGAAUGUGAUGGUGCUGCUAAGAGACUGAUUGAUCUGGGGCUGGAGUUCACACCGGUGGAAGAUGCUGUUCGAGAAACGGUCGAAAGUCUGAGAUCUAGAGGCUUGAUUGCUGUACCAACUCAGUCUUAGACUCUUUAGUUUACUCCUGGGCUAGUUUCAGCUACUAUACCUCAUCUACAGUCUUGAAUAGAUGAUGAAAUGUUAACUGUCUUUACCUCCUACGGAAGAUGAUCGAUUAUCUAUUUGAGAAAGUAGAAUGAAAACCUUUUUAUUAAUCUAAAGUCUAAACCUUAUUAUUGUAUGCCCAUAAUUGCUCUGAAUGUUGGCAAAAGUAGCUUAGGAGUUUGUUCUGCUUCCCACCUGAUGUUAUCAUGACAUAGAAAAAGAUGGUAUGAAUGGUAUCUGCACCUUAAUCAAACUACCAUUUAAUUUUGGCACUCAAGGGGUGAAAUGAAAUGGAUGAAGAAAGACUUUACUGACUUGUUCUCUCUGGUAUUAACUCAUGUUCAGAGGCGAAGGAUAGUGGGAGCUGUUCAUUAACUCGAUGGGGAUGUCGAUGGAGGAAAGAAAAUACCUCCCUAAAGAUGGACCAGAUGCAGGUUAGUCCAAAACGUUAGCUAGCUGAGCUGUGGGUUUGUUAUUUGUUAGUAGAACUCUCACGUGAUGAUGGGAACUGGACUGGAGAGAUUUUAGGUAAAUGAGUGGGGUCAUUGUCACCCUUAGAACCAAACAAUGUAACCUGCAGAGCUAAAGGUGAGCUCAAUUAGAGCCACUUCCCUCUACUGCUUGCCUUUUGUUUAAUCUGGAUCAGCACUUAUGA